ACAUAUCAUACGUUACGAUUGCUUGGAAUUAGUCACGUGAUGAUUCCAGAGUUCAAAGACAGUUCCCGGAAACAAUGAGCUUUUUCCCGGAAAUACCAGAAACACUACAUUCGCUCAGCUUUUUCUUCGCAACGUUAGCUUCCCAGAGCUUCCAUAAAAUGGAGUCAUUCUUAGAAGAUCUUAAGAACCAGGUCCAGUGUUUGCUAUGCAAUGAGACGAUGUAUGAACCCAAGUUAUUACAAUGCUUCCAUACAUUUUGUAAGAAUUGUAUCAAAUCAAAUACACAACUCGAUGGACAAGUCAACGUCUUCAAGUGUCCCCAAUGUACYUCACAAACCGUGCUUGAACAACUCGAAGACGUGGAAGACUUGCAAACCAGCUCGAUACACUCAAGAAUCCUGAAAGUCUUAUCGMUUGUAGAGAACCAGAAGGUUUGCUCGGUUGAAGUGAGUCAUUGUGAAGCAUUAUGGCGAUGUCUAGACUGUGAUUGCUCGUUGUGUGACGAGUGUCUGAGUUGGCAUGCUAGAUUCGCCCAGAAUCAUAAAAUUGUUUCAUUGUCCAGCAUGACUAAGGAAGACAUUGAAACAAUGAUGAGAAGAGAACAUUCAUGUAAAACACACACUAAUCAAGAUGUUGCGUUGUAUUGUCAAGACUGCGAUGCACUUAUCUGUUUGCUUUGCCUGGAAGAACAAACACACGACAGGCAUGACUUAUCAUCACUGCAGGAAUUCAUUGCCAUUGAGAAAGAAGAUCUGAUGAAAAACCUUGAAGAAAUCGAGAGAGUGACUCCCAACGAAGAAGAAAAAAAACAGCAAGAAGAAAUCGCCGUUGACAUUCGAGAUUCUGGACAAAAGGCUAAAGAACAUGUCAAGAAAGUAACAAAGAACUUGGUAAAAACAUUGCUUGACCAGGAACAACAACUUUUAGCUGAGAUACAGGAUUCCAUAACGAAAGCUGAAAGGAACUUGCGAAUAUUACAUCACACAUCAGCAGCGCAAGAAUACGUCAAAUACUUCGCUGGAAAUUCAACAGCAAGUGAAAUGAUAGAAAAUCGAAAUAAUAUGUGCUCUCAAAAUUUUUCUUAUGAACCAUUCCAGCAGGACGUGGGUGGCAUCCAUUUCGAGCCAAAUGAUGAGCUUUACGAUCAAGUGAAGGCUGGUCAGGGACAAGUAACUUUAUUCAAAAAGGCUGAUGCAAAGUCAUGUKCAGUGAAAGUGGAACCCAGCGUAGAGGCCAUGGAAAUAACAAAACUAACGGUAGAAAUGAAAACUGCAGAAGGAAAAGCAGCUAAUGAAUCUCUGGACAAUAUAACCAUACAGAUUACACCUGAAGAUGACUUUAAGAUGGGUGAGAAACAGAUGACAAUUGAUGGUGAGGCAACAUUGGAAGUAACUUUUCAUGUUCCUGGUCAAUUUAAUGCACAUAUAGAAGUGCGUGGAAAUCCUGUAUCUAACAGUCCACUUGUUAUGGACAUUGAACCACAAAACAUACCAAUCAAAAAAAACAAAAAUUUGCUAGCAAAUUUGAAUAUAGGCUCAAACAGCUAUCGUGGUAUAGCUGUAAACACAACAAAUGAUAGAAUUGCUAUAACAGAUGCUUAUUCACACUGUGUUAGAGUCUUCAACAUGGAGGGAGAUUUGCUGCUGAAAUUUGGUAGCGAAGGAAGUGGCCAGAAACAAUAUAGAUAUCCACAGAGUUUAGCAUUUCUUGGUGAAACUGAUUUAGUCAUAGCCGAUUUYGGAAACCACAGAAUCUGCAUUCUGGACACAUUUAAAGGGGAAACGAUUAAAACCUUAGGUUGUCAAGGUAGCGGAUAUGGACAGUUCAUGGAUCCCCGUGGAGUAUGCGUUGAUGAUGCUUCUAACAUCUUUGUAUGUGAUUAUGGUAAUCGUCGUAUACAGGUAUUCACUGAGGAUGGUGAAUAUCUAUAUCAGUUCAGGUUGCAAGAUGAUGGAAAACCUUAUGACAUGAUUACACACAAAGGUCUGUUUUAUGUCAGUUACUUGGGUUCACCACCAGGGGUUUACGUCAUUGAAAUGAAGAACAAACGCUUAUCAGAUACAGUUAUGACCAUUGGUGGCAAAUGCACGGACUGUGGUGUUGCUCAGUUAAAUGAAGAAAAUGUACCCCGAGGUUUGGCGGUUGACAGCGAUAAUAAUCUACUGGUGUGUAUUGAUAAGAUGAUAUACAAGUUUGCAUUUGACGGUUGUUAUAUUGGGAGAACAAAUGAACAAAGCAAGACCUUCUACUACAUAGCAGCUCUGACUACUGGCCAUGCUAUUUGCUCCACAAGGGAUGCAGGCUUGGUUGCCAUUUAAACCCUGAUCUCAACCAACACAGAUAACAAACACUGCAUGAAGUAAUAUCUCAUGAAGACAUAAAAACUAAUUAGUCAUAGUGGAAUCUUAGUGUUGUAGAUUUAUUAUAUAUAUACUCAUCAAUGUAGCAUUUUUCGUAACUAAUCAUUAUAACACCGAAUAUUACUAUUAUAGUGUAAUUUGAGCAGGAUUUAUCAKGUGACACUUCAACUCCACAUUUGACUAUAUGAGGUACUUAUUAUAUUGAGUUAGGUUAUAUUACUAUUGAGUUUAUGUUUGUCGACAGUGAUGACUUUUUAUGUCUAUUAAAUAAGUAUGUUUUCACUCUCAUUAAUAGAUUUCGAAAUUACAAUGAAGGAAUUUAAUUUUUCUAAAGAAAAUAUAAUGAUGUGGAUAUUCUUUUUAGUGUCUUAGCCGAGGUGUUUGACAGGAAGGUGCAUACGAAUUUGGGACUGUUCAUACAAGUUUGUUAAACAUAAAACACGUUUCCACUAUUAUUCUAUAAACGAGUGAUUUAAUAAAAGACUUGAAAAAUCAAAA